AUAAAAUGCAUGAGUGCCUGCACACUCAGUAGUCAGCUGAACUUACCAGAACCAGAUCGUAAUAUGAUCUACGUUUAGCUCAAAACAAUGAAGUGUAACAUGCUUGUCAUUGUCUUUGCUUUGUUCCUCUUCAAAGAGGAUGCUUUUGCCCACAAUCGAGCCAAACGGGAAUACUCACAAACUACAUAUGAUCUGAGUGGAUCUGCAAUCACACAAAACUUUAGGUUUACAAGAGAUCUUUCAAGCGCAUCAGAUGAAGGAACUCAUACCUGCAGUAUAUGGGGUAACAAGGCAGUCAAGACAUAUACCAACGAAUUUUAUCAUUUUCAAUCAACAUGCAACCAUAUUCUGAGUCGCCAAUGCCAAGGUGGUACUGAAGAUUUUAAUGUGGAAAUUCGUAGUGAUCCAAAUGGCAAAUUGGAGCACAUUUUCAUAAAAACUGACGGUGUUAUGAUAGUUGUGACGAAUGAUACAUACAAGGUGAACGACGUUAAAGUUUUAUUGCCUUAUGAGAACAAAGUGAUUACAAUUCAGCAAUAUGGAGUCAAUGUGCGCAUUAAAAACAGGCAGCACACUAUAUCUGUGGUCUGGAAUCAUGAAGAUGCAUUGUCGAUAACAGUUGAUUCUCAAUAUAAGGGACUAUUAUGUGGCCUCUGUGGACCCUUUGAUGAUAGCAUCUCAACAACCUACGAUUUGAACUACAUCUACGAGUACAAAUUGGAUGCAUGGAAUGCAGACUGCACCACCCAUUUCUCCAAAAUAAAUAGUUGCGCAUCAGCUGAUAGUUGUUCAGCAAUCCGCAAGUUUUUCGCAGCAUGCUCUUCUCCUGCCAUCAACGAUAAAUUUGUGGAAAUGUGUCAGAAGGAUGUUUGCACUAAUAAUGAAGCAGUGAAAUCCCUUUGUUCUGCCUUUAAUGAAGCAUCAAAAGGGUGUGAGCUUGUAGAUGCAUCAAACUGGAACACAUGGAAAGAUUCUGUCCAAUGCACAUGGCCCACUUGUCCAGGGAAUCAGGUUUACAAAGAUUGUGGUCCUGUUUGUAUGUCAACCUGCACCGACCCAAAUUCUGAACAAUGGUGUGAUCAGUGUGUGAAUACAUGUGAUUGUCCACAAGGGACUGUCCUUGAUAAUGUCAGAGGUGAUAACACAUGUAUCAACUACACGGAUUGUCCUUGUGAAUAUAAUGGACAAAUAUAUAAUUCUGGAGAAACACACAAUUCCUUGUGCCAUUCAUGCACCUGCAAAAGUGGAAUCUGGGAGUGUACUGACCUUAACUGCCCUAAAAUAUGCCAAAUUGAAGAAGGAACUCAUAUCACAACAUUUGAUGGCAAAUACUUUAAUUUGAUCGGAGAUUGCUCGUAUUAUGCAAUUGUCACAACGGACUGGUCAGUGAAAAUUGAAAUGCAUCCAUGCCAUUCAGCAUAUAGACAGACAUGUCUACAGCGAGUAACAUUCACAAAAUUUCAGAACUCCUAUUCAAUCAAUAAAGAAGGCACUAUUCAUCAGAAUGACAACCAAGUGGGAUUGCCUUUUGGAAAUGGUGAAAUAAUGAUAUUUCAACAGUCAUCACUGUACAUUCAAUUGAUCACAAAAGAUGGUCUGAAGAUACAGGUACUGAUAUCUCCCAUCAUGCAGCUUUACAUGUCACUGCCCAAAACUGCCAAAGGAACCACUAAAGGUUUGUGCGGCACCUACAACGACAAUGUAGAAGAUGACUUCCUAUCGUCACAGGGCAUUGUUGAGUACAUAUAUGUUCCUUUCAGUGAAUCAUGGAAAACCAAUGAUGAAUGUCCUUCACCAAUAGUGAAUCCAACCUGUGUUAGCUCAGAACAUGAAAAUUAUGCCAAAGAGCAAUGUGCGUAUAUAAAAGACCCAACGGGGGCUUUUUCCAACUGUCAUUCUGCAGUGGAGUAUUUGGUGUAUUAUGAAAUGUGUAAAGCUGCUUCAUGUAAUUGUAUAAAACUCGAUGACUGUGUGUGUGCGGCAAUGGAAGCAUAUGUUCAUGCUUGUUCCGUAAAGGGCAUCGUUGUGAUGAACUGGAGGAGAUCUGUUUGUGCAAUAACUUGCCCCAGCACACAAGUUUACCAUUACAAUAUGAGAGCCUGUAAUCGCACCUGUGAAUUUCUGUCAAAGUUUGACUUUACAUGUCAGUUUCAAGACACUCCAGUUGAUGGCUGUGGUUGCCCUGAGGGAACGUACAUGGACGACAAAGCAACAUGUGUACAAAUAUCAGAAUGCCCUUGUUACGUUAAUGGGAUCAUUGCAUACAGAGGUGAAAUUAUUACAUCAAAUGGAAUGAAUUGUGUCUGCCAGAAUGGAGUCCCUUCCUGUCUUGAUGAAAACAGCCUGCCCAUUUCAGAAGAUUGCCAAGAUAAACAAUUUUCAGACUGUACCAAUACCAGUUUAUGUAAGAGGACAUGUGAAACUCUAAACAAACCAUGUCCAAACCCAUGUGUCCCAGGUUGUGUCUGCCCUGAUGGUUUGGUGCAGGAUUCCACUGGAGGAUGCAUUGAACCAUCCCGAUGUCCCUGUUUAUUUGGAAGUGAAACCUUUGGUGGUGGAGAAACAAUCACCAUUGAUUGCAAUACAUGCACAUGCAAUGGUGGAGAAUGGGAAUGCACUGAUAAUUCAUGUCCAAAGACCUGCACAGUUUAUGGAGAUGGUCACUACAUAACAUUUGAUGGAAAACGAUACAAAUUUGAUGGCAACUGUGAAUAUAUCUUUCUGGAGGACAAAUGUCGACGAGAGAUUGGUACAUUCCAAAUACUGACACAAAGUGUUCCCUGCUGUGAAAAUGGAGUGACAUGUUCAAGAGAAAUCAGAAUCUUGAUUGGGAAGAGAGAACUAACUUUAUCGAGUGCAACUGGAGUACGUGAGGUGUCGUCUGAAUACAGCCAGUGCACAGAUAAUUCAUAUACAAUUCACACUGUUGGACUCUACUUAAUCCUGUCAUUUUCCAAUGGGAUCACUUUGGUUUGGGAUAAACGGACACGACUUUCAAUCACAUUGGAUCCAAAAUGGAAGAAUAAAGUUUGUGGACUUUGUGGAAAUUUCAAUGAUGAUCUUGAAGAUGACUUAACAUCAAAGGGGAACACCUUGCUGACCAACACUUUGGAAUUUGGGAACUGCUGGAAAUCCACACAGCUUUGCUCUGAUACAGUAAAUGAGAUUUAUCCAUGUGAUAACAAUCCAUAUUGUUUGUCAUGGGCGCAGAAGAGGUGCAACUUAAUUCAUAGCGCAAUCUUUCAAGCGUGCCAUAAAAAGGUUGAUCCAAUUCCAUUUUAUGAUGCUUGUAUUCAAGAAGCUUGUGCCUGUGAUAUGGAGGGAAAGUAUCUUGGUUUCUGUACUGCUGUAGCUGUGUAUGCAGAAGCUUGUAAUAAAGCUGAAGUUUGUAUUCGCUGGAGAACCCCUGAACUUUGUCCUGUGUACUGUGACUAUUAUAAUGCUCCCAAUGAAUGCAGCUGGCACUAUCAGCCGUGUGGAACCAUAACAACAAGAACAUGUACCGGCCAUUUCAUCGGAAAGAAGUAUUCGGCAAUUCUUGAAGGUUGCUAUGCCAAAUGCCCAGAGAGUGCUCCUUAUUUGGAUGAAAAUACAAUGAAAUGCGUUGCAUUACCUCAGUGUACAUGCUAUUAUGAGGGAAGGAUAUUGCAACCCGAUGAAACUACAAGAAAUGGUUGUGAAGAAUGUAUGUGCCAAGAUGGAAUCACUACGUGCCAACGAACAACAACCACAACUGCUACAACAACAGUCACAACACCAUCGACAACCACAAUUUCUUCAACCACCAUUACAGAAACAACACCAACAACUGAGACCACUACUAGCAUUACAUCAGGAACAACACCAACAACAUCUUCAACAACUGGCACAACUGAAUCCACCACAACAGAAACUACGCCAACCACAUCAUCAACUGAGACCACAACCAGCACUACAUCAGAAACAACAUCAACAUCAACAACAGGGACCACUACAAGCACUACAUCAGGAACAACGCCAACAACAUAUUCGACAACUGGCACAACUGAGUCCACCACCAGUUCCACAACAGAAACACCAACUACAUUAACAACUGGGACCACUACCAGCACUACAACAGAAACAACACCAACAACUGAGACCACUACUAGCAUUACAUCAGGAACAACACCAACAACAUCUUCAACAACUGGCACAACUGAAUCCACCACAACAGAAACAACGCCAACCACAUCAUCAACUGAAACCACAACCAGCACUACAUCAGAAACAACAUCAACAUCAACAACAGGGACCACUACAAUCACUACAUCAGGAACAACGCCAACAACAUAUUCGACAACUGGCACAACUGAGUCCACCACCAGUUCCACAACAGAAACACCAACUACAUUAACAACUGGGACCACUACCAGCACUACAACAGAAACAACGCCAACAACAUCAUCAACUGAGACCACUACCAGCACCACUUCAGAAACAACACCAACAUCAACAACAGGGACCACUAUAAGCACAACAUCAGAAACAACACCAACAACAUCUUCAACAACUGGCACAACUGAGUCCACCACCAGUUCCACAACAGAAACAACAACUACAUUAACAACUGGGACCACUACCAGCACUACAACAGAAACAACGCCAACAACAUCAUCAACUGAGACCACUACCAGCACCACUUCAGAAACACCAACAUCAACAACAGGGACCACUCCAAGCACUACAUCAGCAACAACACCAACAACAUCUUCAACAACUGGUACAACUGAGUCUACCACCAGUUCCACAACAGAAACAACUACAUCAACAUCUGGGACCACCACUACAUCAGAAACAACGCCAACAACUGAGACAACUACCAGCACUACAUCAGAAACAACACCAACAUCAACAACAGGGACCACGACAAGCACUACAUCAGGAACAACACCAACAACAUCUUCAACAACUGGCACAACUGAGUCCACCACUACAGAAACAACAACAGAGACGAGUACAAGCACCACAUCAGAAACAACACCAACAACAGCAACAACUGUCACGACUGAGCCUACCGUUAGUUCCACAACAGAGGCCCACUGUCCUGGUGUAUGGUCUUCCUGGUAUAAUAAUAAUACACCAUCAGCACAAAGCCCAAAUGAUAAUGAAUUGCUGGCUCCAAUACGUGAAAUAAUAUGUUCCUAUCCUUCAGAUAAGAUCAGUAACAUUCAGUGUCAACUCGCCAAUGAUACUUAUUGGCCUCCAAGUUUAUCACCAGAUGUAGUGGUGUGUGAAAAAGACAUAGGGCUGACUUGUACAGUUUCUAAGGAUGCAGUGGGACAGAUUUGUAAUGACUAUGAGAUCAGAGUUUGCUGUGAGCAAACUGAAGUGACAACCAUGACUACAACUGUCCCCACCACCACUCCACCAGAAGAAUGUUACUGUGAUUCAAAUCCACCACGAAAGUGCAACGAAACAUGGGUGGAAAAUUGUGCGACCUUCACUUGCGUUUAUGAAGAAACAUACAAAAUUGACCAUGUUUCCUGUAAACUAACUCCAAAGCCACAAUGUUACAGUGGAUUAAAACCUACCAGAGUCAAAACUGAAGAUGGCUGCUGUUCAGAAUGGGAUUGUCAAUCUGUAUGCUAUGUGUGGGGAAGAAAACAUUAUCGUACCUUCGACGGUGUAUUCUACAAGUUCCAUGAAGAUUGUUCAUACAUUCUUGUGGAAGAAAUUAUCCCAACAUACAAUUUUUCUGUGAUCCUUGAUAAUCAUAACUGUCCUCCAUCAGCAUAUAAAUCCUGUGAGAAAUCAAUAAUUAUUAUUUACAAUGGAACCACCAUACAUGUAUCACCAAAGAAAAAUGAUGUGAAAAUCAAUGGAGAAUCUAUCAAUCUACCUGUUUAUUCAGAAGAAUUUACCAUUACAAAAUGCUUUUCCCGUAUACGUGUUCAAAUUCCUUCCAUUCGAACCGUCAUCACAGCAACGCGAAAACACUUCAGAAUUAAAUUAUCAGAAAUGUUUUUCAAGGAUAAACUCCAAGGACAAUGUGGUUCUGUUUCUAAACGCAAAACCGAUGAUUGCAUGAGAAAGAAUGGGAAAAUAGAGCCAACUGACUGUUGUUCUGAAACAGCUCAUGAAUGGAAAACGUCUUAUACAAAUAAAAAACAUUGCACAGAUCUACCUACAUAUCAGCCUUGUAGUCCACCAACUCCUCCUCCACCAUGUGAAUAUGAGACGCCUAUGUGUAAUGCUAUCUUUGGAAAUUCAUUCAAAAGUUGCAGAGCCCUCAAUUCACUUUCUGAGUAUUUUGAGGCAUGUCGGGAUGACAACUGUUGGAAUGCAACAAAUGAAGAAUGUUCCAGCCUGGAAGCAGCUGCCUAUAGAUGUAAUGGACUUGGAUUAUGUGUUGACUGGAGACAAUCUACAUAUGGAUCAUGCAGCUACACCUGUCCACAUGGUUUCAUGUAUAAACCCUGUGCCACCAACAAUCACAAUUAUUGUACAGACAAUUUGAUGAGAACUGGAGAAGUGUUCACUGAACCUACUGAAGGUUGCUACUGUCCAGAGGGAUUGAUGCUAUCUGAAGAUGAAACACAAUGUGUUCCUUCUUGUAGUAGAUGCACAGACUACUCAGGAAACGUAAAAAAUGAUGGUGAGGAAUGGUCUGAUCAAAAUAAUACAUGUAUUUACUACAGAUGUUCAGGAGGCACGGUGAUAGAGACAGAAUUAUCAUGCUUUUAUAAUUCAACCUGUGAUGAGGUUGACAAAAAAUGGGAUGACCGUCACUGUUGCUAUUACUGCCCUCAGCGAGUGACACUAUGCAAAGUUCAUCCAGAAUCGCUUACAAUCAUUAAGGAUAACUGUACUGCAACAGUUGAACUUAAUUCAUGUCAAGGAAAUUGCAACUCAUUUUCCAUAUUUGACUACACAAUAGAUAAAAUGAAACACAACUGUGAGUGCUGUGAAGAACAAACGACUGAAACAAAGGAAGUAACAUUGGCGUGUGGAAAUGGAUCGAGUAAACAGUACUCGUAUAUUUCUGCAAAAACAUGUCAGUGCUCUAUUUGUGAAAGUAGUACACCGUGAAAUGGAAUUUUAAACUGAAUGCCAAUUUAAUUGUUAACCUCUGUUUAUUACUUUUAAGCAAAGAUUACUUAGUGAAAUUUGAAAAAUCCUAAGUGUCUUUUAUUCCUAACUGCAUGGCUUUUUACAAUAUAUCUUUCGAGCUUAUUUUUCAUCCACAUGAUCAUUUAAUGCAAAACGAAAAAUAAAUAAAAAUUCUGCAUAUGA